GCACGGCGGUGCAGGCUUUUCCCAGGCGCCCUGGGGUCGGGUGGCCACCCGUGCUGCUGGGGUCUCGGUGGCGAGCAGUUCGCAGUGGCGGCGGCGGCGGCAGCGUGCGUGCCAAGGGGUUCGGGGCUGCUUCGUCCGCGCCUCAGCCCCUGAGCUUUCCUCUCCGGGCGGGCAGCUUCGCGGAGACCAACAGUCCCAACUGGCAGCAUCAACUCACACCGAUUUAUCGGACUUCUGCCCAGGCUCUGAAAUGCCAACUAUGUCGAGGCCUGCACUUGAUGUCAACGGUGGUACCACCUCUGGGAAGGAGGAUGCCAACCAGGAGAUGAACUCUCUGGCCUACUCUAACCUUGGGGUGAAAGAUCGCAAGGCAGUGACGGUCCUGCACUACCCCGGGGUCACCGCAAAUGGAGCCAAAGCCAACGGAGUUCCCACUAGCUCCUCUGGAUCAUCAUCUCCAAUAGGCUCUCCUACUGCCACCACUUCUACCAAACCCCCAUCCUUCAACCUGCACCCUACCCCUCACCUGCUGGCCAGUAUGCAGCUUCAGAAGCUUAAUAGCCAGUAUCAAGGGGCUGCAGCAACUGCUGCUGCUGCCCUUUCCGGUCCAGGCCUGCCAGGGGAGGAAGAGCCCCUGCAAAACUGGGUCACUGGGACCCAGAUUGGAAUGGGGGAAUCACUGGGAUCAGUCUCUCUUCCUGCUGGUGCCCAGAGCCCUGCUAUCAUUGAUUCUGACCCAGUGGAUGAGGAGGUGCUGAUGUCUCUGGUGGUGGAAUUGGGGCUAGACCGAGCCAAUGAGCUUCCUGAGCUGUGGCUAGGGCAGAAUGAGUUUGAUUUCACUGCAGAUUUUCCCUCUGGCUGCUGAUGCCAAGUGCCCCUAUAAAAUGAGGAAAAAAAGCCACCAAUUCUGUUGUAAAUAAAAGUUACUUGCAAAGAGAUAAC